AUGGCCGACAUCUCAACCUGCCUGUCCCUGACCCGGGCCUCCGUCGUCGAGGCCCACAAGAUCGUCAAGCCGCACGUCCACUACACGCCGGUCCUGACCAACAAGACGCUCACGAAGCUGGCGUCCACGCCCCGCGACCCGGCGGACCUGAAGGGCACAAAGUGGGAGGGCCGCACGCCGGCGAAGCCCGUGCUGAGGCUGUGGUUCAAGUGCGAGAAUCUCCAGCGCAUCGGCGCCUUCAAGGUGCGCGGCGCGUUCCACGCCGUCGAGAGGCUGAAGCAGGAGCCCGGGUGGCUUGAAGGUGGUGGGAGGGAGAAGGGCGUCGUCACGCACAGUUCCGGAAAUCACGCCCAAGCCCUCGCGCUCGCAGCCAGGGAAGCCGGCAUCCCCGCGCACAUUGUGAUGCCGGACAUCUCCCCCGCCAACAAGAUCGCCGGCACGCGCGGGUACGGCGCCAACGUGAUCUUCAGCGGCAGCACCAGCGUCGAGCGCGAGGCCGUCGCGGACCGCGUGAUGGCCGAGACGGGCGCGCGCCUCGUGCCGCCCUACGACCACCCCGACAUUAUGCUCGGCCAGGGCACCAUGGGCCUCGAGCUGCAGGAGCAAGUGCGCGACCUCAUCGCCGCGGGACACUCGGCCGAGAACCCGACGUUCAACUCGACGGGACAGCCGCGGUCGGCGGAAGACGACGCAUCCGGUACCGGUAAAGGUAAAGGUAAAGGCCUGGACGCCAUCAUGACGCCGUGCGGCGGCGGCGGCAUGCUCUCGGGCGUGGCGCUCAGCUGCGAGGGGACGGGGAUCAGGGUCUUUGGCGCGGAGCCCGAGUUCCAGGGCGCGGACGACUGCAAGCGCGGCUUCGAGGCCGGCAGGCGCGUCGAGAGCGUCAAGACGCUGACCAUCGCCGACGGCCUGCGCACGCCCGUCGGCAAGUUCCCCUGGUCCGUCAUCUACGAGCGCAGGCUCGUGCGCGACAUGUACAGCGUCUCCGAGGACGAGAUCAAGGCGGCCCUGAAGCUGGUCUUUGAGCGCUUCAAGCUCGUCGUCGAGCCGAGCGCCGCCGUCCCGCUCGCCGUCGCGCUCUUCAACGAGGAUUUCAGGGCCAUGGUCGAGAAGGAGGCCGGCGAGGUCGGAUGGGAUCUCGGACUUGUUUUUAGCGGUGGCAACGUUGCCAUGGAAGCGCUUUCUAAGCUUUUUGCAUCACGAGUAGAGAGAGUGCGUGAUAAAGAGUGGGAGCGUGGUAUAAAGCCUAACGGGGAUAGAUGUUUAGAUGAGAUGAUGUAA